UCUAAAAAAUUUCACCCAAAAAAUGACGCCUUAGCUUACUGCCAGUGUAUACCUCCAAAUUUUCUCCCUCCUUCAAAAUUCACAAAUUUCAUUCACCAGUGUCGCCCCACUACUCCUCCCUCCUCCCAACUACUUCACUCACCAUUGAAGUAAGUUAUUCAUGCUCCUUCCUCCAUUUUUGUGUGCUUCUGGAAGUUAGGGUUUUAACAUGAACUCCAGCACAGGGUCGUAUUUAAUCUGGAUUCUUCCAUAUCUCACCGGGGCAUUCGGCUCAAAAUCAGUGGAUCAGUCAGUUUGCAGAAAGAAAAGCUCAGAGAAGAGCCCUCACAUGCUGUUUUGUUUCAAGCUACACACAAACGCAAAAAGACGGGUGAGUUUGUGUGCAAAAAAUCUCAACAAAUCAUGGAAAUCGCAACUCAAAGGCAGCAAACUGAACAUGAACUUGACCAAGAAACUAUUUGGUAUGAGGCAACAUGUGGUCUCAAAAAAGGAGGUUAUGUGUGUGGCUUUGGAUCAGAUAUCCAACACUACUUUUCCGAGACGGUGAGGCAAAAGAAGUC